UAUUUUUGACAAUAUAUUAUUUAGCAAUUUUAAAUUAUUUAGUAAUUAUGAUUAGACGAAUAUAAUAUAAAUUAUCUUACGACGGUGUAUUAAGUUUAAAAUAGAUUUAGCAAGUUAAAACAGUUUGGUUAAAUUUAUAACAAUUUUCAAUAUAAAUUUAACAGGGUUGAAUACGCUCAUUAUUAUAUUCUAUUAGUUUUAAUUGGAAAGAAUCUAUAAAAUGUUUGCGGAUGCAGAAAAUACAAACAGUUCUUCAAGUACAGAACAAAAAGAAUGGGGAUACGAUUUAUACCCUGAACGUAGAGGCCAAAAAUAUUCACCUAGUUUGAAAAAAAUUAUACUCGGAAUCGAAGGAAGAGAAAGUACAGAUAAAUUAAAAUGUGAAAAAAAUGUUUUUGCUUGUAUUAAGAAAAGUCCUAUCGUAAAAUUAAUGAUGGGUGCAUUGAAAAGUUCCGGCUGUGAGAUGGAUAUCCGAAGACAUAUAUCGUGUGAAGUUUGUGAUAUUUCUGUAAGUGGGGGUUAUGAUCCGGAAUUGAAUCAGAUAGUUAUUUGUCAGAAUGUGGCUAGAUCACAAGGAAUGGUCCAAGGUGUCCUAACACAUGAAAUGAUACAUAUGUUUGAUUUUUGUCGAAAUGAACUUGACUUUAAGAACAUUGAUCAUUUAGCCUGUACAGAAAUCAGGGCUGCUAACUUAACUCACUGCUCGUUCUUGAGUGCAUGGGGCCAAGGAGAUGCCUCAAUAUUUAAUGUAAAAGAAGCUCAUCAGAACUGUGUGAAAACAAAAGCUCUGAACUCAGUAUUAGCCGUACGAAAUGUAACUCGAGAUCAAGCAAUAGAUGCUGUAGAACGAGUAUUUCCAAAAUGCUAUGCAGAUUUAGAACCAAUAGGCAGGAGAGUGCGUCGAAAUUCUAGAGAUAUGGAUAAAGCGUAUAUGGAAGGACCUAUGUAUGGCUAUGAUGUAUAAGAUUGGAAGUACAUGUAGUAUUGAAAAUAAAUAUUUAAUAAAACAUCAAAAAUAUAUUUACAAUUAGUGAACUUUUAAUACAGGCAAGUCUACUGACAAACUAAUGUAAUCUUGGUUAACCACUUAUUUUCAG